AUGUAUGAAAAACUUCGAAGGAUCGAUCCAGCUCUAGUGAAUCGGAAGGGUCCCAUCCUAUUGCAAGACAACGCUCGCCCGCAUUGUUCACUGAAGACUCUUCGAAAAUUGAACGAGCUGCACAUUGAAGUCCUCCCUCAUGCUCCAUAUUCUCCUGAUUUGUCGCCUACGGAUUUCCACUUUUUCAAGUUCCUCGAUCACUUCUUAUUGGAGAAAUGCUUUGUCACUCAAGGGGAGGUCAAAAAUGGCAUCAAGGAGUUUAUCGAUUCAAGGGAACCCGCGUUCUACGCUUUAGGAAUUGAAAAGUUACCCAAACCUUGGCAAGCAUGUAUAGAUUCUUCUGGUUUUUACUUUGAU